AGAGUCUCCUGGUAGCCGACCCGCCACUUGCUUUUAGUUUCUUUUCUAGCCUCCGUCUUUUCUUUGCCGCAUUCUGUUCUAAGGUAUUUACCCCCCUGCCGCAUCACGUUUUUAGUCAUCCUGGUUUUCUUUUCGCACCACCCCUUCCCUCCUCUUCCUUCCGAGCCAAGGAUGGCGCACAACCUGUGCUACACCACGCUUGUUCCACCGGAGCAAGCCCACACGAUGCCGGCGGACAAGGUGACGAAGACGCCCUGCGGGCCCCACAGAUUUUGUCCCGCGCGGCCUCCUGCCUGCUCGAGGCCUCGGAGUUGUGCCCGCGGCGUGUCUGCGGAGGGGCUCGCGGAGGGCCGCGCCGAACCUGCCGCGCGCAUAUGUCAGUCUCCGGCGGCCACGUCUUCAUCAAGAGGGACACGCGUCAGGGUCUGCUGCCCGUGAUCCUGGAGGAGCUGCUGGCCGCGAGGAAGCGCGCCAAGAGGGCCAUGGCAGAGGCCGAGGACCCGCUGACCAAGUCCGUGCUCAAUGGGCGGCAGCUGGCCCUGAAGGUCUCCGCGAACUCCGUCUACGGUUUCACCGGUGCCACCGUCGGCGUGUUGCCUUGCCUGGAGAUCUCCUCCAGGAGUUGUUUAAUGCUGUGUGUGUAA